GUGUCCAUCUCUUUCCCGGCCUCCUUCCUCUCCUCGUCCUCUGCCCCCGUCUUGAACAAACUCCCUUCGAGCCCGUUCCCCCCAACAUCAUCGAACCUGUCAUCACUCUACCCAAUGGCGUCCGGACCUCCCUCUGGACCCUCAGCACCCACCCCAUCCGAGUCGUCUCCCCCGUCCAAUUCGCUCUGGGAGGGCGAUCGCAUGUUCAACAUUUACAUUUAUGACUAUUGUAACAAGCGCGGAUUCGUCAAGACCGCACGAGAGCUCGUCAAUGAGGCAGAGAUUCCAGUAGAGUCACAACCUCCGAUAAAUGCCAAGCAGGGCCUCCUUUUCGAGUGGUGGAGUGUUUUCUGGGUAUUAUUCCAAGCAAAAAACAACGGAACGGGGUCCGAUGAUGGCUUAGUGUAUACGCAGAACCAGGCCGCACAACGCCAGGCUCAAGCCGCACAGCGUCAGGGUGUCCCUAAUCCACCUCCACCUGGUCGUUUCACAAACGGCAUCCCUCCAAGGCAGGCAGUCCUACCGCCUGGUGGUCCGCUCUCGAACGGUGUAGGGCCUGCGGGCCCACCACCUGCUCCCGCAGGCGCCCAACCUGCCUACGGUAUGCCGCAUGGCGCUGGCCCUCAGCCCAAUGGAAUUCCUGUUCCACAGGGUCUUCCUGGUUCACAUCCUGGUGGGCCACCGCAGAAUUUUUCUCAUCCGGGCCCGCAGGGUCCAGGUCAGCGACAGAUGGUUCCACAACAUCGUGGCCCCAACAGUGCGCCAUUCCCGUCUCCUACCAUGGCGCACUCGCCACAGGCUCCACCCAUGGCGGGACAACAGCAGUCUGGCCCGAUGGCCCAGCUGGGUCCAUCUCCGCAGAUGAACCAUCCUGGGCGUGCCAUGCUUCCACCUGGGCCUCAACAGAUCGGCAAUCCAUCCCAGAUGGGAUCUGCGCAUCCUACUCCGACACAGCCUUUUCAACAACUCGGCCGACCGCCAAGUCGGCAGGGGACGCCAUCCCAUAUGCAGAUGAAUCCAACCCCGAGUCCGUCUAUGGCACCACGUCAACCGCCUGUACAAGAUCCACGCCAGCUCGACAUACAGAUUGCGCAGGAGAUAGCCCGCAUGCCACCCGAUCUUCUCGCAUCCGUCAAGCUUGAGGUAGGCUUGGGUGACAAGGAUGAGAGAACUUUUACUUCUGAAGACAAGCAACGGAUCAUGGCUGGCGUGGGUCGUCGUCGUCGGGCUGUUGUUGGGCAAGUGGCGCCGAACGCAAUUGCAGGGCCAUCCACGAACAUGCCUCCCCAGCAUCCUCAGCGCAAUCAGCAACAGCCAAUGUCUCAACAACCUCCGCGUCCUACCAAACGUAAUAGCACUUCUCCCAGUGAGGAGCACGAGACGCUCCCGCGAAGUGACACUUCCCCCCCGGACCGGAAACGUGUUCGACGAACGCCAAACCCUCAUGAGCCUCCAAUGGCCCCUAUGGGGUCAUUCCCCUCGCCCGGCACUCAAGGGCAUCCAGGGAUCACAACGAAUGGGAUGGUUCGUUCCGCGAUGAAUUUCCAGCCAGGAAUGCACAUGGGAAAUCAACCUGGAAUCAACAUGAGUAUGGGCCAGGGAAUGACUCCGAUGCAGUUGGCAUCGAUGAGUCCCAUGAUGGGCCACCCGCCGCCGCCUAACAUGAUGACACCCCAGAUGCAGCAGCAGCAAGCCCCUCCGUUUCAAAAUGAAAGACAGUACCGCGCGACGAUGGCGAAUCUUCAUCAGAAAAGCAUGUCGCAAGGACCGAUGGCUCCUUUGAUGCCUGGGCCUCCGAACGGAGGGUCACCAGCCGCGAAUGAUGCGCAAGCUCACAUGAUGCGAGGCCCAGCUGGACAGCCUCAGCCUGGGCCGCACAAUCGUAUAGGACAGCCAAAGACGAUGGGUGGGAUGCACCCUCCUCCGGGCGGACCGAAACCGCCGCAAACUAAUAUCAAAGCGGAGGGAAGCGACAAUGCAGGGAUGAAUGGACCUUCACCUGACCAGCAGCAACAUCAGCAACAUCAGCAACAGCACCAGCAACAGCCACAGCAGCCGCAGCCGCAGAAUGGGCCUGGACAGGGGCCUCCUGGACAGCAAAACAAUGGGCCUCCGGCGCAACAGCAGGGCCAGUCUCAUACCCCGAAUAUGCCGACGACGCCCGCAUCUGGGGCCCCGACCAUGUCGGGACCUUCCACUUUGUCUGCACCCUCACCGUCUGCCAUCCUCAGCAGUGCGUCAGGGCUCAAUCCUCCUCGGUCGACGAGCACAGUGACAGACCCGAUGUCGUUCAACCCAUCUGACUUUCUUCAAUCAAUGGGGAUGGGCACCUUUGAGGAUCUCGACGCGCCAGGAUUUGGGGACUCUUUUGAUGGUUUGGACUUUUGGAUCAACAAUGAUGAGACGCUGGAGCCCAUGAAGUGAGGGUUUAGGGUAGAGUAUGUUCGCCUGGCUUAGGUUUGAAAUGUUGGUGGAUCAGAGGACGGUUAUGGAUUGUCAGGCCUCACGGUCAGGUUGCUUCCUGGUACGCACGCUCGACCCUUUCUCGCUUUCCACGUCAUUUCUUCUGGCCCUGGACUGUUUCCUUUCUUGAUACAAGUCUGGGCUAGCUCGUCGCUCGCUGCUCAGUGCUUCUUCCGCUAUGCCGAUACUUGUCCUCCACAUGUCCAUCUCGCUUUCUUCUUUUCCAUCCUCGAUAUUUCACUCUUGUUAACGUGUAUUUCAAGCUGCUUUUUGGAUCAAGCUGUAUUUAUUUAUCUUUUCUCCGGGCGGUGGGCGAAGAUCGUAUUUUCUAGCCAUGAUAUUUUUCCUAGCCUUUUUCUUUGCCUAGAUGUCUCAGUAUUUGGCUUAAUCUCCUUUCCCUCCCCCCCUGUUGCAAUGCUGCGUAAGGUUGCUAAUCCCACCCCUCCCUUUUUUUCUUUGGCCGUUGUUUUUCUUUAGCCCCCGCUUCUCUACAUAGUAGUCAGUCCCGUCCUGUCCUGUUAUCUACGCUUAGCGCUGCUCGUCUCUUUUCGUUAUCCUGUGUACUGGUGUGCAAUGACAUCUCGAUGCAAACUU